AAUGAUGUUUCAAACCCUAAAUGUAGUUGCCUUUCACAGCUUCCCUUCACACAAUCACACACACUUCGGCAGUCGCCUCCCAAGUCACAGCUCCACUGUCCUCUGCGAAUCGCCGAAACUGCUGUUUGCUUCCGCCUCACACUUCGCGUCUCUCCUUCUCUCGUCAUCCGCGGCCUUUAGGAGCCUAGUGGUAACACAAACGCAGGCGCACAACCCCUCAGCCACAUGAUUGAGAGAUUAGGGGUGACAAAACAGGUUAGCGGGUCGGGUUUGGGCAGGUUAUAAACGGACUGGGGCUAAAUGGGUUCGGAUUGACCCGUUUAUUAACGAGUGACUACCAUGCAGUGUAAGGAGACAGCUGGUGGUGGCUGGAGACAACGAAGGUGCUACAAACGGAAGAAGGUGCUCUAGUCGGCGGCGAAAGAGUUGGCAGCGGCGGUGGUGUCGUUGCGGCCGACGGUGGAGAAGAGCUCUUGGUCGCUGAGGAGGAGGCUGUGGUAGACCUGGAGGUUGGCGUCGAAGGCGUCAGGCGUGGUGGAAUCCAGAUUCGCCAAGACGCUCCCGUUUCAGCCGUUCGGGCACGGCUGCUGGAGCGUUUGCAGGAUUAAAGAAAUGGCAAUGAAGUGCAUCAGAUCAUUGAGAAGCCUUGUACUUGGCAAGGAAUCAACUGAAUUUGGGGGCUGCAGGACAUUUUCCGCAGGUGGGAGUAAAGCAAAGAAGGGCUCCAAAGGGGGUGGGUCUAGUGAUGCUCCAAAGGCAUCCACACUCAGCAAAGAAGUCAAGUCGACUACUGUGGUUGGUGCCAACAUCCUCAAGGACGGAGCAGAUCCCAAAAUAUCGCCCGAUUCUGAAUACCCUGACUGGCUGUGGCACCUUCUUGAUAAACGCCCAGCACUGAGUGAGCUGAAAAGGAAGAAUAUAGAAACUCUUCCUUAUGAAGAUCUCAGACGCUUUGUUAAGCUGGACAACCGAGCAAGGAUUAAAGAAAACAAUGUUGUUAAAGCCAAGAACUAAUAAGAAUCUCUAAGGGCCUGUUUUUCCUAGCAUUUCACAAUUUCUUGGCGUAACUGAUAGACAUGUUUUGCAAUGAUGAAUUGAAAAGUGGGAAAGGGAAAAAGAAAAGAAAAAAAAAGUAUGAUUCAUCA